AUGCUGUUUAAGAACAUUGUGAUCCUUCUUGCAGCGGUAGCCGCGGCGGCUCCUUUGGAAGCCCGUGAAGCUCAGCCAGAGACCGUCGCCAACACGCAGGACUAUUUGAUCAUUUUCAGAAAGGGAUUCGACACGCCUGACCGACUAGUCCGUGCCCUGUCCAACAACCUCAAGUCUUUGGGCGCCAAAAUCAACUUCGAGUACCACACGGUCAUUAAAGGUUUUGCUGUUUCCAUGCCCAAAUCCCUUGUGGACGAGGUGGUUGCCCUCAGUGACUCAGAGUUCCCCUUCGUGGUCGAGGAGGAUAAGGAGGCGCGUCCGUUGAUCUGA